ACUAGCGCGGCUACACUUGUUUGGAGAGUUAUUUUCCCGUUAUCUGUGAUGGAUUCGCAUAGUGAUUCGUCUCGUAAAUUGGGGUUUUUUUGAUGUUUUUGUUGCGUUGAUGAGCUUGCGUUCAAUGUUGUAAAGCUUAAUCCUUUGCGAGGAAAGCUAUAAUAUGUGGCAGUACGCUUCAAAUCUUUCUUAACAGCAUUGGAUCGGUAAAAAAAAUUGUUCUUUGUUCAUAAGUAGCUCUUCGGAUGUGAUAAUGUUUUGAUCUUUUUUCUUUUCAUGUCCGGAUAGUUUGAUUUUAACUGUUUGGAGAGAUUUGUAUAUAUAGGUUGGAGCUGAGUUAAAUCUUACUACUAUUGCUGGGUUUGGAAUGGAUAUAUUUUGGGUGCUCAAAUACUUGUAGGAAUUGGAGCUAGAAAGCUUAGUGACCUAUAAUAGUGGAUUUUUUUUUUUUUUUUACUAAGAUUUAGGACUUCCAAGAAGGUUUCAAGCAAAUUUGUCGAGAAAUUUGGAUUCUGUUUUUUGCUUAAACCCUUCAGUUCCAGAGCUUCCCCUCUUAGUUAUUUGUAUGUUUUUAGUAGUUAUUUGUAUGUUUUAGUAGUUUAACAUUAAUUAGUAUGUAGGAUGCAUUUGGUGUCUUGAAGCAAAUAGUUGCAUACUAAAAUUACUGACCACUAAUUGCAGAGCAAGCGCAUCCCUAGGCGCGCCAAAUUUCGAUGUCUCUUAAUCACGUAUUCGUCUGGGAAAUUCCACUAAUUCUAAUAGCAUUUUAUCAAGUAUAAGACAGUUAAUUAAAGAGGUUAUAACAACUGUUGCAAAUAGGCAUGGAAAAUGAUGUAGAAGCCGCUGUUGGCAUGAAAUCGGCUACAGGGAUGCUAGAACAGCUUGGGAAGGCAUUUGAGGAACUCAAAUCUCAUACCGAGGCAUCUUUGGAAAACACGAUCAAGUGGGACGAUAUUAAAGAACAUUUCCUCAAACUCGAGAAAUCAUUCAAGGACAAGUUCGAUGAAUUAGAACAGAAGCAGAAGGAACUCGAAGAUAAGCAGUCCAAGGCCCAUGCUGUAAUUGCAGAGAAGGAGGAGGCUGUUGCCGCAAAAGAGCGUGCCUCUUUGCAACGGCUUCAGGAGCUGCGAGAUGCUGCUGUUUCUGACAUAGCAGAGGCUCGCGAGAAACACAAGGUGGAGACUUCGGAGCUGUUUGAUCUGAAAGCAAGCAGAGAGAAAAAGGUAACGACCUCACUCAACGAAUCCAAUGCACCAAAUGGGAAAGCCCCUGCUAAUGGAUCGGCCGAACCGACUGAAGCUGUUGCUUUUGAGGUCAAGCCCAGUCCUCGAGUGAAGCAACUUUGUGAACAGAUGGACACAAAAGGGCUUCUGAAAUUUAUUUCAGAUAACAUGAAAAGCCUCGCUACCCUUCGUAAGGAACUCUCUGUCGCAUUGAAGUAUGCGAAUGAACCAGCACUUUUGGUGCUGAGUUCCUUAGAGGGAUUCUACCCUCAGGACGAAUUAAAUUCACAAGGGAACGAUGACGAGGCCCUUCAGGGCUUACGCAGAAGCUGUCUCGUUGUGAUGGAAUCCGCAGCCCCUGUUUUUGCUGUGAAUGAGCAAAGUGCUAAUUGCCCUUUGAGCUCUGAAAUAAAGCAGCGGGCGAAGGCGAUUGCCGACGAGUGGAAGCCCAAAUUGGCUACUGUUGACAUUGAUUCUACUGGUGGGUAUUCUUUGGAAGCACAAGCAUUCCUGCAGCUUCUUGCCACUUUUGGCCUCAAUUCAGAGUUUGAUGAAGACGAGCUAUUUAAGCUCGUGCUCGCUGUCUCUCACUGCAGGAUGACUCCUAGACUCUGCCGUUCUCUUGGAUUCGCACAAAAAGUGCCAGUCGUUAUUGAAACUUUGGUUAACAGAGGCAGACACAUCGAUGCUGUUCAUUUUGUCGAUGCUUUCCAGCUUUUUGAGAGCUAUCCUCCUGUAUCUCUCUUGAAGGCAUAUCUAGAGGCCUCAAAAGCUCCACAGGUGAAUAAUGGGGACCCUAAUGCAGCUGGUUCGCUGAAGGAUCCACUUGAUCGGGAACUAGGUGCACUCAAGGCCGUGAGCAAGUGCGUCAGAGAGCGCAAGCUUCACAAGGAAUUCCCCCUCGGCCCCAUCCAGAAGCGCAUCAAUCUGCUCGAGAAGGCCAAAUCCGAUAACAAGCGGGCGGCGGCGGGAGGAGCCACCAGAUUUCAACCCAAAAGGCCCCGACCGACCGGUAAAUAUACUCACCGCGGGCCCGCCGUUGGUGCCGAUAAGCAGCCGCCUCCACAAAUGGCUUACGACGGGGGAUACUAUGCAGUUUAUAACGCACAACCCCCCGCAUACGAUGCAUCGGCUUAUGCUGCUACAUACGGGCAACAUUAUUCAACUGAGGCCGUCCCCCCUCCUGCGUCAUAUAAUGCCGCCGCCGCUUCAUAUUAUGGGCCUUAUGCUGCUGCCGCACCUCCGCAGCCUUCUCCUUCGGCCAAAUAUAGUAAUUAUGCGAGUGCGGGGGCGCAAGCUCCUGCCGCUUCGUACUAUGGAAGUUAUCCAAGUUCUGGGUCUCAGUCGACUAACCAGCCGUACAUGUAAGUCGAGCAUCGACAACUGUAGGCAUUUGUUGUUCACUGGAUAAUUAGGCCUGCGGGCUUUUUUCUAUUUUACGGCGGGCACAGUGAAAUCCCUUACUUUUAUGGUCGGAUCAAUGUACUAAAGUUGUUUCAUAUUUGUAGCUCGAUUUUGAACGUUCAUCUUUGUGGUUUGAUCUGUAUGCGUGAGUAAUUUCCUUCCAUGUGAAACUCAAGACAAUGGCCUCAUUUUUCACUGAUGUUGGUUUUCUAUUA